AUGGCUUCAUGCCCGGCGGUCCUGAGCGGACCAGCCGCCACCCGAGGCUGCCUAGGGUCUGUGCCUGGGACUCGGCCGAGGCGUAGCGACCCCCAUUCUGGAACGCGGGAAGCACUGCUGGCACGGCAGCAGCCGUCAGUCACGGCACGACUGUGCCCAAGUCGAGACUGCACGCUGCAGGCCUCCAGAGGCUUCCGUGCAGCCCAGUGCGGGGCUCGUGUCCCUCAGGCGGCCGAGACGGGCGUCCACCAGGCUGCAGGCUCGUCCGCACACUGCGGGCCUCGGCUUCCCGGCUCUGUCGCGGCGGGCAGGUGGCGGGACGGUCCUGGAGGGCCGAGGGCCUCUGCCCAGCACAGAGAUGGAGGCCCGGGGAAGCUGCCUUUCAGUAAGUGUCCUCAGAGCGUGUCACCCUGGCAAGCGGGACGGAUCAGGAGAUGCGCAGCAGCGAAGCCCAGCGGGCGCCGCGAGGUGAGUCCUGCUCCUGAGGUCUUAACCGGCAGGUGGUCAGAUCUGAGUCUUCGGCCUCUCCGGCUGCUUCUGAGCCCUCUGCUCUUGGACCGCUGCUCUGUCACCAGGAGCCCCGUGCGUGCCAGGGGAGUGCUGGCCUGCCCUCUGGUCGCCACCACAGCCCGUGUGAUCAGCUGCGCGCUCUGCUUCCUGCGCUCCCUCCAAGCAACCAAGGACAGGAAAGGCAGCCGGAGGAGCAGCGUCCCUCCGCGGGAUCUGAGCAGCCCACAGAGCCUCCUGCUCCCUCUUCUGUGGACUCACAGCAGCCGUGCACUGGCGGCCUGUGGCAUUUCCUCCCGCUCCUUCAGGUGGAUCCCAGAGGAACAGAGGCGCACGGCGCGGGAAGCUUCCGGGGCUGUGGAGCCAGCUCCCGUGGCUUCCGGUUUGGAAGCUCUCCACGGAUGCGGUGUCUCCCCCAGGUUGAAGCAGGGCUCGACCCUGGCGUGUCCUCUGCCGGGCCGGCCUCCCUCGUGGUCCUCGGGAUGCUCCCUGCCCGCCCUCCGCGGAGCCCGGCUCUUGCACAGGUGGUGGAGCUUGCCUGACAUCUUUUGGAGCCCCCUUCAACUCGAGUCUGUGAAGACCCUUGUGUUGUGGGGCACAACUGAAGAACAGACCAAUCACCACUAAGAAGUCCUAAUUUGAUCGUCUUUAUUAGCCGGCGGGCUUACUGUCUCAUAUAAU